AUGGCGUGUGAACGUUAUUGCUCGUUAAGCUGCGUGUACUUUAUUGGAUUUACGUUAUCUUUCACAUUAGGAUCUUUACAAGUGCUCGCAGAACCAGAACUUCCUUAUUAUUAUUAUAAAUCUUCAACGGGACUUGAGAACGAAAUUGUUUUUCAUUCAAAUAAGUUAGAUGAAGUAACAAACUUAAAUCGCUUAAAACGAUCAUUAGGAGGGCCAGAGUUAUUACCAUCAACAGCUUCAACCACAAGUAUUUCAGCCUUAUCAACAUCACAUGACUUAGGACAAGAAUCUCCAAUUAUAAAAACAGAAAUAGAAUCAACGGCUAACGUAACUUACUCAACAGAAAAUAUAACGAAUUCAACGGCUGAAUCAACAGUCACAAGUACUACAUUAAAACCAAAUAUCACAAAAAAUGGAAAAAACUCUUCUAUUAUUGUAUCUCAACCUAUUGUCCCAGUUACUGAACCACCUCCAACAAAUAUUAAUGUUUGGGCUAACCAAACACGAUGGCCUAAUGCGACUCGAGAUAAUGUCAAUUCAAAAAUGGAUAACAAAUUCAAUAGAGUUGAUUUAAUGAAUUCAACUGACACUUCAUCUAAUUCAUCAGAUAUUGAUGAUAUAUCAAUAUCAAAGUUCACUAAUUUUUCAAACAAUACUUUAACUCAGAAUAACAUCACGAAACAAGAAGAAGAUACUCAUCAGUAUUACAAUAGUACGUUUCUCAUUGAUGAAACUGUAGCUAAGUCUUACUGGGUUGAUAUGGAUAAUCAUCCUGAUCGAAAAGUUAAUGAUCUUUUAAGUCAAAGUCAUAGGAGAGCUGCAACUGUUAAAUUGAAAUUCGAGUUCCUAUUUUAUGGCCACAAAGUUCGAAAUAUCACAAUAGCUACGGGUGGAUUCUUGUAUACAGGAGAAUAUGUUCAUAGCUGGCUUGCUGCUACUCAAUAUAUUGCUCCACUGAUGGCGAAUUUUGAUACCCGUCUUUCAAAUGAGAGUACGGCAUUUACUGUUGAAUGGACAAAAGUUGUACUACAGGAUAAACCAAAAGCUGGUGAAUUCACAUUCCAAGUUACACUUUUUCAAAAUGGAAACAUUGCUUUUGUUUACAAAAAAAUGCCGCUAUCAGUUGAAGAGAUCGAAGAUAAGGCUCAUCCAGUUAAAGUUGGACUAAGCGAUGCCUAUAUUAUGGAUAGAACACGUUUUUUUGUUCGUAAGAAGACGAUUUAUGAGUACCAUCGUGUCCAUUUCAAUCAUCAGAAUAUUACAAAUUGGACUGUGAUUUAUCUUCGUGCUUUACCAACUUGUCUAGAAAUGAAAAAUUGCACAGAUUGUCUCACUAAAGUACCAGAGUUUUCCUGUAAAUGGUGUGAAGAAUUAAAUCAAUGUAGUACCGGUACAUUCCGACACCGACAAGGUUGGUUGGAAAAAGGAUGUGAUGAGAAAAGUAUUAAAGAAGAGAGCAGUUGUCCAGCAAGUCCCAAAACAUUAAUACGAAGUAAUGAUAAUCAUGAUACUGCCCACAUUAUUUCUGAAGGAGAAUUAUCAGCGGAUGUUCAACCAAAUCGUUUGGCUAAUGAACCCAAUAUUGCUGAACAAUCUCACAGCCAUGUAAAUAUAAGUCAUAUGAGUGUUUCUGGAAUCAUUAGUAUUCUUCUAGUUGUUUCCUUGAUCUCAGGUUUGGCUGGUUGGGCUGUUUAUGCCUAUCGCAAUCCUCAUAGUGCAUCAGGACAAAUUUUAAUUCGAUAUCGUCCAAGUCAAUGGAGCUGGCGGAGAGGUGAAGCACGUUAUACAGCAGCAACUAUUCACAUGUGA